UCCGGAAGUGGAUGUAAAGAAGAGAUGCCACUUGGCGGCCAUGGCAGCUGUAGUACUGCUGGCUCCGGGUCAAGGCCCAGCAGAGUGGAGUAACAUGGGUAGUACUGGGUAUAGGGCAGAGACAGCUUUGUAUCAGCUUCCCUGCUGAGCCCCUACAACCAAUCGUUAGAGACCUGCAGGACUCCUUUCCUCAUCCUAGACUCGGAGAGGAGUUUGCUGGGAUUGGUGGGCUGGUCCCAGACCUGGAGGAAUCACCAGCGGGGCUGCUCCAGGGAGAUAGGGGCGCCCGGAGAACAAACAUCUUCGCUUGGAUUUUUCCUUUUGUUGCUGCCGCCCGGAACGUUGUUUGUGGAGGAAGUAGGCCUGUUAUGCUACCCUUAUAACGAUGAUUGAAUAACUCGCUCAUUCGCAUAUUUUCCCCCUGGACUUUUCUCAUCUGUUAACCCACGAGAAUCCAGUGACUGGUACCUGAAAACUUAGGGGCUGGGACCUAAGAUUGCUCAAAGUUCUCUCUGGUGCUAGUAUCAACAAAAAGGGAGUGUUUCCAGGUACCUUCAAGAGAACAGUGCCUCGUGAACAUAUCUGCUGGUGGGGAGGACAAAAGAACUGGAAAGUCUACUUGUUCUGCUGAAACAACCACAAGCGUUUAAGAACCUAAGUACCCUUUGAGACCACCGAAAAUUUGUUCUCUGGUGGUGGUGAGUGAAUAAAGGAGGGCAGAAUGGAUGAUUUCAUCUCUAUUAGUCUGCUGUCUCUGGCUAUGUUGGUGGGAUGUUACGUGGCUGGAAUCAUUCCUUUGGCUGUUAAUUUCUCAGAGGAGCGACUGAAGCUGGUGACUGUUUUGGGUGCUGGCCUUCUCUGUGGAACCGCACUGGCGGUCAUCGUGCCUGAAGGAGUACACGCACUUUAUGAAGAUAUUCUUGAGGGAAAACACCACCAAACAAGUCAAACACAGAAUGUGAUUGCAUCAAACAAAGUAGCAGAAAUACCAGUUGCCCAUGAACAUGAGCACAGCCAUGACCACACACAGCUACACGCCUACAUCGGUGUUUCCCUUGUAUUGGGCUUCGUUUUCAUGUUGCUGGUGGACCAGAUUGGCAGCUCCCACGUGCAUUCUACUGACGAUCCAGAAACAACAAGGCCUAGCAAUUCCAAAAUCACCACCACGCUGGGUCUGGUCGUCCAUGCUGCAGCUGAUGGUGUUGCUUUGGGAGCAGCAGCUUCUACUUCACAAACCAGUGUCCAGUUAAUUGUGUUUGUGGCAAUAAUGCUACAUAAGGCACCAGCUGCCUUUGGGCUGGUUUCCUUCUUAAUGCACGCAGGCCUUGAGCGGAAUCGAAUCAGAAAGCACUUACUGGUCUUUGCACUGGCAGCACCAGUUAUGUCCAUGGUGACAUACUUAGGACUAAGUAAGAGCAGUAAAGAAGCCCUUUCAGAAGUCAAUGCCACUGGAGUGGCCAUGCUUUUCUCCGCGGGGACAUUUCUUUAUGUUGCCACCGUACAUGUCCUCCCCGAGGUGGGCGGAAUGGGGCACAGCCACAAACCCGAGCCCACUGGAGGACGAGGGCUCAGCCGCCUGGAGGUGGCAGCUCUGAUCCUGGGUUGCCUCAUCCCGCUCAUCCUGUCAGUAGGACACCAGCAUUGACUGCGGAGGGUCCAGCGUCAGCCCAUGGCCGUUGCCAUCCAGCGAGAACAGCCAGCACCUGACAGCCGCUCACUUCCUCAGUCUCUCGUCUCACCUUGCCCAUCCCCACCUGUAUCCUAAAGAGUCCACAGGGAGGUGAGAUGAAAACCCAGAGUAACGGAAAGCUUUUCAAGUAGAAACAACACACCGCAGUUGGAUACAGACAUCCCGUUGUGUUGUCUUUUCAAGGGCCCUUGGCAUUUUGAGUUUUGAUGUUUCUCUUAACCCUAUUCUCAGGGAAGAUGGAAUUUAGUUGUAAGGAAAAGUGGAGACCUUCAUACUCAUAAUGAAUUAAUUACGAAAGUACAGUAUUGUGUAAUUAAGCUACAUCUCUUCGUUUGUGGAGGCGCUGCCAUUUUACCCAUUGAAUUUGAACAUGGUUUGCACCGCGUGAGACUGGUGCUCUAGCAUCUAUGCCACAUGCCUUGAUAGAAGGUCCUAACGCCCACUGUCUUAGAUGCUAAAGAUGAAUGUAGUUCAUCUGGGGCUAGAGUGAGGAAAAUGAUGGCAAGACACAUUGAAAGCUAACUUUAUACUUGAGAGAGAGCCGUUGAAGAGGGAAUGUCUGGAGAGACUUAAACACCGCCUUCGCCACGGGCCUCUUAAAGAGAGCCUGCCGCUCCAUCAAAUGGAGCAACAGAGGUGGACGGACUAGCUUUUAAAGGGGUGACUGGUGUUUUAUAGCAUUUCUUUUCACGUUCUCCUUUGUUGAGAGUACCUGCCUCCAAGACAUUCUUCAUAGAGAGAAGCCAAGUUCUAGUAGGCUCAGGCCUAGGCUUUCCUUCAAGUUGGAUUACCAAAACCUAUGUUGUCCCUUUUUUUUUUUUUUUAAGUAUUUAUCUUAGCAGACCAGCAGUCUCUCUGGCAAAAUACUUUUGGUGCCCCUUGGAAACUGUUAGGUCAGCAUCCCAGAAGCACCUGUAGUAGUGAAGAACAGCCAAGGGGAAGUGUUUGCCUGUUGAUUUAAAGCUUAUUAAAAUCAUGUCUCUUGUUUCUUCAUCUUUUCCAUGCUUUUCUCCUAACUCUCCCUCCAGUCCUUCCUCCCCACAGUUUGCUGCUUACUGCUGGUGGCGAUGUUAAUAUUUGUGUGAGUUGAGUUCUCCUCAGGACAACCACUUCUGGAACCGUGAUGAUGAAGAUAAUACUGUCUCUGUUCUUUAGUCCCAUCAGUGAAGUUACCUGUGUGUCAAAUGCAGCUUUGUUAAGCCCUUUAAAAUAUCACUUCAUCAUAUGAGAUGACACAAUCACUAAUAUUCUGGUAAUUUAAACCAUUGAGGUAGUAAAAGUGUUACACAAACUAGGAUAAUUUUUCCACCUUUGCCAAAAUCCCUGUAAACCUUGUGUUAUCAAAUAAGUGUAUAAUAUUGUAUUAUUAAUUUAUUUUGAUUUUGUGUACCAUUUUGAAACACAUUACAUAAAGAGGGAACCAAGACGGUUUUCUUCAGGGCAUCCGAUCUAGGAGUUCAUAAAACAUUUGAUAUGACACAUAAGCCAGCAUGCCUAGAAUUUCUUUAUUUCCUUCCUGGAUUUGUCACUGGGUCAGCAGCUAUGGAAAGAGAACUUGCGAGCCCUCUGCUGGCUGUAGACCAAAGUAGCAGAAGCUAGAUCUGGUUUGGGAUAGUGGCUGGCAACCACUGCGUACAUUAAAACCAACAGAAAGAACAGUAUGAAAGUCCUAGUGACUUUGCUGGUAUCAGCUCUGAUUUAGGAGAGUCACAAGGUUUCAUCUGGUCCUUCAAACUGACAUGGUUGCCUUGAUUCUCCCUAGAAAUUUACUUUGUUUAAAAAAAAAAAAAAAACAACAUUAGCUCAUUUUCAUGUCUGGUUGAGUUUGGAUAGUGGCACUUUGUAUCAUAUUGUCGUGUGCAAUGAUCAGAAAUUUGUUCUGUGGCCAAAGCCUCCUUCAGCAGUGCCUUGCCAUCACACUUCAAAGUCUGGCUGGAAUAUCUUGCUGGGUAGGGCCUUGAACUCUGGCAAGGAUUGAACCAUCUAACUUCCCAACUUGCCUUCCCCUCUGGACCUCACAUUAACAAGCAAACUUUUUGAGGCCCAUCAGCUCUCAGAAGCUGUGGGCUGUCCCAGAUUUUAAAGCUGCCAUCUCAGGAACUACUCAUUUCCCUCCUGGUCAGCAGGCAGCAAUAGCCAUACUAAUCUUACAGGGCUCACAUGCAUCUUCAGGCAGCAGGGACCUGAGCAGCAUGCAGAGGCCUUCCCACGAGGAAGAACUCACUCACGGCGUCCCAGGAGAGGCCACGUGGAUGGUCCAUUUCAGUUCCGUUUUCCUCUUGUUUAAAACUGCCUCCUCAGAUGUGGAUGCCUUAAUGUUCUCACGCAUUUGAAAACAUUGGCAAUACUUAAGAUGCUGCCGUGAUUACAGGUGGACUUAUUGGCUA